AUGGUUGUCUUGGUGGAAAGGUUGUUGAUUCUGGAAAUUUUGGUUUUGCGAGUGUUGGGGAUUCUGGUUCGGAACUUGAGUUUGGAUUUUGCAGUUUUGAUUUUGGGAUUGGCUUUGUCGUUGUUGGUUCCUUCCUGUCCAGUUGGAUUGGUGAUCUGGGAUAUUCUUGAUCUUGCUAACUACGCCACUGUCCCUGUGAUCAAUGGCUUGACAGACUUUAACCAUCCUUGUCAAAUUAUGGCUGAUGCACUCACGAUCAUUGAACACGUUGGUCAACUUGAAGGGACAAAGGUUGUCUAUGUUGGAGAUGGGAACAAUAUUGUGCACUCCUGGCUGUUGUUGGCAUCUAUCAUUCCUUUCCACUUUGUUUGUGCCUGUCCCAGAGGCUUCGAACCUGAUGCAAGGACAGCUAAGAAAGCAAUGAAGGCUGGAGUCAGCAAAAUAGAAAUAGUUAAUGAUGUCAAAGAAGCUGUAAAGGGAGCUGAUGUUGUCUAUUCAGAUGUUUGGGCCAGCAUGGGACAGAAGGAAGAAGCUGAAUACCGUCAUACAGCUUUUCAAGGAUUCCAGGUGGACGAGAAGCUGAUGAAGAUAGCGGGUCCAAAAGCAUAUUUUAUGCAUUGUCUGCCAGCUGAGAGGGGUGUUGAGGUCACUGACGGUGUCAUUGAAGCCCCGAACUCCAUUGUCUUCCCCCAAGCUGAGAACAGGAUGCACGCGCAGAAUGCUAUAAUGCUUCAUGCCCUUGGGCUUUGAUUGCUGAACCUUCGCAUUUUAAGUAGCUUUGUUUUAAAACAAUGUUGGUUGUUGUAUCAGAGAUGAGCAA